AUGUUGGGAAAGGAUGAGGAGGAAGAAAUCCAUGCAGUCAGGAAGCCUGGCUUCGCCUCAGCCCGACAGCAAGCGCUGGCCAAGCACAGUGACCGCCGCGCCUACAUGGCCCUUCGUGUGUGUCCUUAUUCGGACCAAAGUGUCCAGGGCUGGAUCUCCAUCCCUGUGGUCAGCCUGGAGACAGGUGGCUCUUUGCUGAUGAGUCACCCGCUGCGUGUGCUGACGGACAAGUCUGUGGCCGUUAGACCUGACCUCUGGGAAUCCAUCAAGUCCCUUUUUGGCAAGUUGGAAAACGGAGACUCGAGCACUCAGAGCGUUGGCUUUGAGCUACUGAGGAGGUCCGGGACCGGAAAGUGCCGGCGGCCCUGGAGCCGGCCUUGCAGUGCGCGCCACGAGGCGGCGCCGGAGAAGGGACCGGGCGGGUCCACGUUCCGGGCGUCAGGCGGGACCGGACUCCUCUUGAACGCGAGUCUGCGAAAAGCCUGGCCAGACGGACUGUUAACGGUGAGACGCAGGUGCUCACUGACCGAGCGCCAGGCGGAACGUGAGAUCCGCGGUCCUCCUUUGAAAAGUGCGAGAGGCGGGCGCUGUACACGGAAGGCCGGGCGGGUGCGCGCGGAGCCGCCGACACACCGCGCGCUUCCCCUCAGCGCUGAGUUCCUGCUCCUCUUCUUGGUCCAGUGGAGCCGGGCUGUCCACUGGGAAGAGCAGAGAGCAGGAGAGGACUCGGAGACUCACACCCAAACCCACAGGGACGACUUGGUCCCGGGGAGCAGGCUCCGCGAGCAGACCUGCGCUCCGCUCCUGUGA